AUUUCAUCCGCAAUUGAAUUUCAAUUUCCUUCACUACACUUAAUAUCUCCGCUCCUCCCUCAACUCUCUUCACACUCUAACACGUAAAAAUAUCCUCCCCCCUUCUCUCCUCCUCUUUCUCUCUCUUUCAAACCCUAUCUCAGCUCACCUACCGGAUUCGCAAUGAAAGGAGGAAGAUCAAAGUCAGAAACUAAGACCGCCAAGCUCUCUGUGAACAAGAAGCCAACCAAAGGAGGAGGAGCAGCAGCCCGGAAAUCAGGAAAGGCAGCUAAGGAUCCAAACAAGCCCAAGAGGCCUGCCAGUGCAUUCUUCGUCUUUAUGGAGGAGUUCAGAGAGCAGUACAAGAGGGAACACCCUAAAAACAAAUCCGUUGCAGCUGUUGGAAAAGCUGGAGGAGAUAAAUGGAAGUCACUGUCAGAGGCUGAGAAAGCACCCUUUGUUGCCAAAGCGGACAAGAGGAAGGUUGAAUAUGAGAAGAAGAUGAAAGCUUACAACAAGGAGCAGGCUGAAGGGCCCAAGGAAGAAGAGGAGUCUGAGAAGUCAAUGUCAGAGGUCAAUGAUGACGAUGAAGAUGAUGAAGAGGGAAGCGGGGAGGAAGAUGACGAUGACGAGUAGGAUAUGGAGCCAGAGAAUAGCUUAGUCAUGUAGGUUGUGACAAUGUUUGGACAUUUGAUGCUAAUGGCUGGCUAUUUUGGUUGUUAAUUUUUUGUCUUUCAGUUAUCUUUUAAAGGGAAGGAUAUGCGUACUGCUCCCUUUGUUAUUUUGUCCUCCUCCUUCUAAGGGAAAGAAGUUAUUAGUUGUAGAAGGGAGAAUGCCACUUAUCUGUACUUGAAUCAAAGUUUAAUGAAUUAGAUUAUCUUCUGUAGA